UGACGUCAAGCAGCACUUCCCUUUGCCCGUGUCCUUGGUAGUUUCUCGGCGGAGGCCAGGAAGCGAUUGGUGGAGCCGUCAAGAUGUUUCGAACCCUUUGGGCUGUUCGGCAAGUAGCACGAAACCCCAUAAACUUCGCCUCUCGCAGGCAGGUUGCAAGCAAGAUUGCUGAGAAGCAGAAACAUUUCCAGGAAGAUAAUGGCGUUCCAGUGCAUUUGAAAAAUGGAAUGCCAGAUGCUCUACUGUAUCGAAUUACCAUGGCCCUUUCUGUUGUUGGACUGGCUAUCUCUUCUAUAAUUUAUACGAAAUAGGAAAGCCAAAGAAAUAACUCCAGUUCAGAAGAUGCAUCCUGGAAUAGCAUAAUUCUGUUCCAUUCCAUUACACUCAUCAGGGACUUGAUCCUUGUCGUAAAUACUUGAUUUUUUGUUUGGGAACAAUAUUUGUUAAAAAUGUAGUAACUGCUGUCAGUAAACUAGUCUGGCCUGAAGGAUAUAUUUGCAACUGUUUAAAAGAUUAUUUGUGAAUUUUGUAUUUGUUGCAAUUGCUACUGUUUGGUUGCAAACGUGACUAAUAAACACUGAAAUAGGUGAUAAUUUA